AUGCAGCCCGCCCUGCGCCCAGUGCCAGUGCCAGGAGAGAAGAGAAAGGCCGAACCCCACGACCCGGCACACGCACCCCGCCACAAGGCCGUCGGGAACGAGCUAACGCUGAAGCCACUGGUUCUCAUCCAAUGCUGGCCCGCAACUGACGACCAGAGGACCGACGACGUGGGGCUCCUCAUACCGGCGAACAUGCAUGGAACAACCAAGAGCCUCGUCAUGAAACCGCCUCCAGACCACCGUUGCAAACUCGACAAAUCUCUCCCUCUGCUUCAACAAGCCCAGGCUCGCCUAACGCCAAAAUUCCACCAGUCACGCGAUGCACGCCAUGCACACGAGCCGCUACGCCUCAUGCCACCACCCCAAAGCCGUGUUGGUGGCCGCUGGCCGAGUCUCGAGAUCGCCAGUCGAGAUGGGCGAACACGCUUCUAG